AUGGUGCUCUGUGCCGAUUGUGGUACACCCAUCACACCCAACAAUGCCAACCUGUGUCUAUCAUGCUUGAGAAACUCGGUCGACAUCACAGAGUCGGUGCCCAAGCAGGCCACCGUCAACUUUUGCAGAAACUGCGAGCGAUAUCUCAACCCUCCCAACUCGUGGGUGCCUGCUCGUCUCGAAUCGAGAGAACUCCUCGCCAUUUGUCUCAAGAAGCUCAAAGGUCUCAACAAGGUGCGACUCAUCGACGCCGGUUUCAUCUGGACAGAACCGCACAGCAAGCGUCUGCGUGUCAAGUUGACAGUUCAAAAGGAGGUCUUCACCUCCACCAUCCUCCAGCAGAUCUUUGAAGUCGAAUUCGUGGUGCAGUACGGCCAGUGCCCAGACUGCACCCGCCUCGCAGCCAAGAACACAUGGCGUGCCAUGGUCCAGGUCCGUCAAAAGGUUCAACACAAACGUACCUUCCUCUACCUCGAGCAGCUCAUCCUCAAACACAACGCGCAUCAGAACACCAUCUCCAUCAACGAGAAGAAGGACGGUCUCGACUUCUUCUACACGCAAAGAUCGCACGCCAUCAAGAUGGUCGAGUUCCUCAACUCGGUCGUCCCCAUCAAGACCACCAAGUCGGAACAGGUGAUUUCCAUGGACGUGCACACCUCCACCACCAACUACAAGUUCACCUACAGUGUCGAGAUCGCACCCAUCUGCAAGGACGAUCUCGUGUGCUUGCCGCCCAAGAUGGCCAAGCAGCUCGGCAACAUCGGUCAGCUCGUGCUCUGCCACAAGGUGACCAAUUCGUUGCGCUUCAUCGAUCCUAUCAGCUUGCAGCUCGCCGAAGUGCCGGCGGAGAAGUACUGGAGGGAUCCGCAGCCGCCGCUGGCCACGAUUCCGGAGAUGAUCGAGUUCCUCGUACUCGACAUCGAGCCCACCGGACGAUACGCUACCAACACGCACGGCGUCCAGAACAGGCGUCUCGAAGAAGCCGACGCCCAAGUGUCGCCUCUCAACGCCACCUCGUUCGGCGAAGCCGACGCAGUCUACCACACCCGCACCCACCUCGGAGCCAUCCUGCAGCCAGGAGAUACCGUCAUGGGCUACCACCUUCGCGUCGCCAACUUCAACUCGGCCACGUGGGACACGUUGCCCGCCGACCGAAUGCCCGACGUGGUGCUGGUCAAGAAGUCGUACCCGGAGCGCAAGAAGCGAUCCAAGCACCGCAUGUGGAAGCUCAAGUCGAUGGCCAAGGAGGCGGAGGAUCCGUCGGCGGAAGGUGCGGUCGGACGCGGUGCUGUGGGCCGACGAGGUGGGUUGGAUUCGCAGCGCGUGGAGCGCGAUUAUGAGUUGUUCUUGAGGGAGCUCGAGGAGGAUGAGGAGAUGCGCGGGACUGUUAACCUGUACAGGGAUGCGAAGAAGGAGGAGGAGAGGAAGUUGAGGAAGGAGCGCGCGGCGCAGAUCAAGGCCGAGAGGGAGGCGGCGUUGGCGAACGGCGGGAUGGAGGAGGAUGGCGAAUUCGAUGAUGGUGCCACCACGGAUGGGGAGAGCGAGUGGGGCGAUGAUGAUGCACCGAGGGUGGGGAUGGAUGAGUUGUUGGACGAUCUGGAGGAUAUGGCGAUUGAGGAUUGA